CACAGCAAGGAGCUAAAUUUGUUUCUCCUCCAGAUCCAGGAGUAUCAACAGCAAAGAUGUCUAAUGAGCCACCCCCUCCUUAUCCAGGAGGUCCUACAGCCCCACUACUGGAGGAAAAAAGUGGAGCCCCACCUACCCCAGGCCGAACCUCUCCAGCUGUGAUGCAGCCACCACCAGGCAUGCCACUGCCCUCUGCUGACAUUGCCCCCCCGCCCUAUGAGCCGCCUGGCCAUCCAGUGCCUCAGCCUGGCUUCGUGCCCCCCCACAUGAAUGCAGAUGGCACCUACAUGCCUGCAGGUUUCUACCCUCCUCCAGGCCCUCACCCACCUAUGGGCUAUUAUCCACCAGGACCCUACCCACCAGGGUCCUACCCUGGCCCCGGGGGCCACACAGCCACAGUAUUGGUCCCAUCAGGGGCAGCCACCACGGUGACAGUACUGCAGGGAGAGAUCUUUGAAGGCGCCCCAGUGCAGACAGUGUGUCCUCACUGCCAGCAGGCCAUUACCACCAAGAUCUCCUACGAGAUAGGCCUGAUGAACUUUGUGCUGGGUUUCUUCUGCUGCUUCAUGGGGUGUGACCUGGGCUGCUGCUUGAUCCCCUGCCUCAUCAAUGACUUCAAGGAUGUGACGCACACAUGUCCCAGCUGCAAAGCCUACAUCUGCACAUACAAGCGCUUGUGCUAACGGAGCCAGACUUGGACUCCCCCGCCUAUCAGUCUGGCCCCAUGUGCUUUGCUCCCCAUGCUCAGUGGUUAUUACUCCCCAAACCCCACUUAACGGUUGGAAGUUUUGCCACUGUACCCUGGAAAUCCUGUCCUCACCUUGCCCUUCCCUGAGCAUCCGACUCUUCCAGCAAAAUUCUGUUGGAUUGAAGGCCAAGGGCCAGUGGGUGGCAUGGGGGUGGCACUGAUCCUGUGUGUUGCUUGGACAUUUGCAAUUCAGAAGAUAAGCUAGAGUGGCUCUCUUACUGGGGUCCUCAUUUCUCCUUUCUGUGUAAAUAGACGGUCCAGGCUGGUCCUUAUUCUUCCUGGGACCAAAAGCACCCAGAGGCAUCAACAGGCCCCCCAGACUAGGGCCUACAGUGAGGAUCGUGCCUGGAACCACAGUUCCUGACCUGCUGGAAUGAAGUCAGGGUGUCAUCUAAAGUUAAGUGGACCCAAGCAAGACAGGGUCUUAUGGUUUAAGUGGGGUUUGUUGUCUCGGGUACCAAGAUAGGGAAAGAAAUGAAGACUGCUAACCCUGGACCUCAGAACUCUCAGGUAUGGAGACACCCAAGAGCUGCCUGGUAUAAGGCAGAGAGGAUGCUGGGCUAUUUAAAGCUCUGGUAAUGAACAACUUGCCCCUGUCCUCACCUAGCUUCUUUGAGUCAGUCAGUAUGUAGAUCUCCUUUCUGGCCACACCUCUAUGAGCCCCUCUAUUUUCUGGGGCCGGAAGGAAUGAAUGCCCAUGAGCCUGUCCUGUCUACUUCUGUCUCUGUGCUAUGUAGGUGCAACUUCUGCCUGGUGGUUUGCUGACAUGGCAGGUCAGAAGCACCUCCUUGUUAGUUCAUUGGUCUCUGGAGUAAGUGCCAGCCUUUUUGCCAUAGUUGACUUGCUUCCAUAUUGGAGCUCCUCAGUAGGAACAGCUGUGGCACCGGAGACCAGGAAAGAAGUCACAAGUGGUGGGAGUAUCCUAGGGACAUGAGUCGUGCCCAGGGUGUAAGCCCAAACCUGUCCAUUUCUUGAAUGGUCUGUGAAUAUGCCCAUGUGGACGCUGUAUCCUGCUGCUGUCCCUCUCUGGUCUCACACACUGCAUGGCCUCCUGUCACUGUGAACUGUGGCCUGGUCCCAGUUUGUAGUUUCAUUAAAUUGGCCCUUUCACUCCCCUGCCCUGGGCCUCUGCUGUCUUGCCUGGCUUCCUUCUUUUCUGAGAGACAGGGUGGGACUACAGGUAGUCAGUCUAGUGGCAGGCAGGAGCCUGGGCCUGGGAAACAACACAUUCAAGAACCCAAUUACACCAAACCAGAAUUAUAUAUAGACCUGCCCUGGGGGAACCGAGCUGUUCUGGGCCAGGGCAUUGGUUUCUAUCGUUGCAUAAUUAGAUGUCCAGGCUUCUGAGCCUGCAAAUUGGAGCCCUGUCCUAGCUUAGUGACCUCCUAACCUAUAGCUAUUGCUCUUUUGUCCUUAAAGAAGACAGCACUACUGGACUAAGACCUUAUAUCUGAAGAUGACACACUGAAGUCUCGGCACUCAGUUCUUGGUAAAAUCAAUCUUCUGAACUGUGAAGGUGGUGAGCUCAAGUCUUUUUGAGUUUCCCUGCUGUUCUACCAUUUUUUUCACACAAAGACUUUUAUAGGAAUAGAUUCCUAUUAAUAAAGACAUUUAACUUCA